UUUGGACACCCCUGGUCUAAACAAUGCUAAAGGUAUCAGCGCAGUAUGUAAGCUGCUUUAAGUAAAAACUGCCAUUUGCAAUUGACUGAUGGUGAUUUUUGUCAAUGACGAUGGUAUUCAAGCAGAUGUUUUGAGAUUGCUUUCAGGGCACCUAUCGCUAUUGGUAUACUGUUUUUUGCUUUCUUUUGCCAUAGUUGUUCUACUUGUAUUUGCGGGUCUUUGUAUUUUGUGAUUUUUCUCCAGGUCUUUCUCAUUUGCUGUCUCCAGGCAUUGCCAAGGCCACUAUCUAGACUUUUUUUGUCUUUCUUAUCAACAGUUGUUAUGUUUGGGAUGUUACGUAACUGGUACUUUCUGUUCGUUAUUAUUAUUACGAUUGUUAACCAGAUUGUGACUGUGGUAUGACUGAAUUUGGCAUUUUUUAUCCACCUAUGUAGCCCUUCCCAAGGACCUGAGGUAGACAGAUGUUGUUGUUUGAUGAUGUUAAAGGUGUAAUUGCAAGAUGUAAGCUGUUCCAAACAAAGCUUCCUUUGCAAUUGACUCAUGGUGAUUUUGUCAUGCCGAUGGUAUUCAAGUGGUGCUCCUGUUAUUUUGGGAUUGCAUCCAAGCCGCCUAUUACUACUGGUACUACUGUUGCUUUCUUUUCCUACAAUCAUUCUAUUUCAAUUUGCAGGUUUUUGCAUUUUGUUAUCUUCUCCAAUUCUUGGUCUUCUGUUCUGUCUCCAGGUAUUGCCAUGUCCACUAUCCAGACUUUUUUUGUUGUCUUUUUUGUCAACACUUGUUAACUCUGGGUGUUAUGCAACAGGUGCCUGUCUGUUUGAAUUGUAAAAUCCAAGAACAAUUCAGCUUCUUCAUUUGUCAUGUGGUGUUUGUAGCUUGUCUGUGCAAACUUUUUGCAGCAGCUGACCAGAGGAAUUCUGGUAGUGGAAAUCCCACAUCUUAAAGUUGCCAAAGUUGAGGAACAUUGGUAUAAACUGUUCGGGUACAUUUGAUUUCUCUCAGGUCUAUCAACAUGGCUAGCCCUAUGGCUUCUUUGCUACAGAGAUUUGAUAAUUCGUCUCGACUUCUUCUCUGCACUCUGAUGUCUGGACAAUGGGGGACCAUGGCUGCCUUUCGAACCCUUCAACGGUCACUCUCUGUGGAAAAAGGAAGACAACAUUUCAAUUGGCAGAUCUUCACUGAGAAACUAUGCUCUCAAGAACCAGUGCUUGAAGAGCCCAUCAAGACUCUUACCAUGAAACCGGUAUUGAUUCUGCUUCCAGUGUUAUGUCAAAGAAAUCUCUUUUCCUUGUUGCUUAUAGUACAAUCUACAGUGCCAAAAGACUGCCUCAGUUGUCUGCUUCAGGCCUCUAGAAAAGAUCUCAAUCCAGAUUUAUGGGUACAGAGAUUAAGGGAUUUACUACAAGCAGGGAUGGACGAGAGGAGCUUUUUGACCCCUGUAUUGCUAUCCAGCACAUGCGAACAGCAACUGAAACAUUUAUGCCAGAAGAUUAUGACCCAUGCUAGCAGCAAUGCUAAUUUAGAAAGAAAAUUAAACUGGUUUGUUAAACUGGAAAAUCCUUGCUUGGUGCCAGCUGGAAACACUUUUCAGUCUGGGUCUCAGAGCAGGAAAAAAAGAAAAGCAUCUGAAGAAUUGCUGAAUCUUGAAGAGGAGACUCGGAGGAAGAGGUCCCAACUGGAAAUAAAUUUGGAUACAGAAGUUUCUCAACCACAGCCUGAACUGCAGGAUGUUGGAACAGAAAGCACUAAGAAUGAACUUGUGCUGGACAUUUUUGGAAAUGAAGAUGUUCACUGCCUAAGCAACAUCAAUCAGUUUUCUUUCAAAGAAGAUGAAGUAGAAAAGAGAAUUGUCGGCCAGAGUUCCAAGCAAGACACUGUAACAGAGGUUCCCAAUCAUAUGAAAAACCAUAUAUCAAAACUUAAAGAAUUGCUAGAGAUGCAGUUUGAUUGCUCCAGUGGAACUGCCCCGCCUGAGCUACAGAUUCUGAAUGAGUGUACUCCAGAUCAGCUAGAAGAUUUAUGUUCCCUGCUCAAACUCUCAGAAUGCCCAGAGAAUGAGCUUCUGCAGUUCUGCUGCUGGAUAGUAUCGCUUUCACCUGAACUUGGCUACAAGAAGGCAGCAAUACUUACUGAAAAACUUUUCUUACCUCGGGUUCUUUUGCUGACUGAGACAGCUUCUUGGCCUCUCACAACUGCCCUGAUGAUGUUCUGCUCCAAAUAUCCUCGCCCAGUCUGUUGCACUUUAAUUUCUUCUAUUGUGCAAGUUCCGGGGCAAGGCCUUGAACAAUUGAGAUUGGUAUGCAAGCUAAUUGAGGAGUGUUUGGAACCAGAAUGUGUGAGGCUGGUGUUCACUCAUAUUGUAAAAGUGCAAUGGACAGAAGACCUUCUCACAGUUGUGCAUUCUUUGCUAGAAAGACAGGUAGAAUUGUCUAGUGAGCUCUUCAAUGUGUUGGUCCUUAAUCUUUGUCAGAUGGCUCAAACGUUUGAAAAUUCAGUACAUUAUGCAAAACUGAUUCUGACUCUGUUGACCAAAUAUCAAAAUGAGAUCACAUUGGGCCACCAGCACCAUUUAUCAUGUGCCCUGGACCUUAACAAAACCAUCUUAAAGAAAUCUCUUCAGGCUGCAUUUAAGAGAGUGACUUCCAGGUGAAAAAUGUAAGGAGGCUUUCUUUCUUUCCUGAAGUGGCUAUGGAAUCAUAUAUACCUUAAGACUUUGGGACAACUCUGCUUAUUAAUUUUUUUGAUCAAUUUGCUCAGUGCAACUUGUACUUAAGUUAAAAUUUAAGUAUUUUCAAGAUUCAAAAUAGAUAUGUGCAUAUGCAUCAGUUACCUUGAGGUAAGAUAUGCAACCUAAUAUACAUUUUAUAAAUAAAUAAAUAAAAUUUCAUGUGCACGUUUCCCCCCCAACCUCCCAUUUUUAAAUGAAACCAAUAAGAACAUACAGGCAGUGAAUACCUCUGUUUGUCAUUCUAUUGGUGUGGCUAGUGAUCUGUCUGCCUCAUGGUUGAUUCUAAGGAAACGCCUUGAUUUGCCUCCAGGAGAAGCCAAUAGUGUUGAAAGAGUUAGAAAGAACUAGAUAUCAUCUGGAGCAUAAAAGGGAAAACUGAGGAACACAAGAGUUUCAAACUGUCUGCAGAUGAGUUCUUUUUAUUCACCAAACAUUCUCUUUAUUCGUAUGAAUGUUUCACUUCCAUUAUAUAUCACUCUGAUACUUAACAACCAAUCUUAAAUUCCAUAUUCACAUAAAACUUCUAUGACUUAGACUUAUUAAUAUGCUUUCUCUAUCUCAACAGACAUACAGUAAACUAAUUUUUUCAUAUUCAGCUUUCCUUACAACUUUGAAUAUGGCAAUGGACUAGGAUUAAGACAGAGGCAACUGGCCUGAAAAUUCAAAUGAAAUAUAUUUUGGAAUAGUGAACCUUAUGGUAUUUAAAAUGUGGCUUGUCAUGUUUCUCAAAGCACAUUCAUCUUAAAUGUUAACAACCCAAAAGACCCAUGGUAAUGUUAUAUCAUAUCGUUUAGUUUCUCCCCCAUCCAGCUUUUCCUCUUCUGGUCCAGCAUCAAAUUGGCUCAAGAAAGUUCCUCUCGUGAGAUUAGGUGCCUUAUUUCUAGUGAGAAUUGAAUUCCUCUUCCCUUUCUCGAUGACUAAAAAAAGUCAAGAUGAAGACAUUUCCCCUUGCUACCUCCCCUUCAAUGUGGCAGCAUUUGUUCAAUUAGGCUUCCUCUCUGAGCUGCAGCAGAGGAACAGAUCAGGUCGUAUAGGAAGUAGGUCAGGGGUGGGAUUCUACCGGUUCGGACUAGUUUGGGUGAACUGGUAUCUCCGACGAUCAGCUGGGAGUAAACAGAUUCGCUCCGACGAUCAGGUGGGCCUGCCCACCCAUCCCUGCGCUUUACUGACCUAUAGGUAAGUUUUCAUAAAAUCGAACUGGUUGUUAAACCGGCAGGAUCCCACCACUGAAGUAGGUUAAUCUAAUAGGAGUUUAGACUUUGGCCAAGUCUAAAGAAGUUUUAGUGUGGCUUUACCAUUAUGGUUUUGGGAAAUGGAAUUCUUCUGUAGAGCGAUUGGAGAAUUGAGCCAUUGUAGGCUCAAUAAAAAAGACAUAAAGCAUGUCUUAGUUUUUUCACCCAUAGAUUUAUUGAAGUUUAUUGUAAUUUCCCUUAACCUGCUCAUUCAGCUAUAUCAUACUACAACUGGUGAUGCUGGAUGUGCUGAGCAAUUGCCAGCACUCCAGUGGCUCGAGUCCAGCUUCAUGGGAUGGGGUGUACCCCAUCUCUUGUCUCUAGGUCCUGCCCACAUAGCAGUUUGAAAGCAUUGUUUGCGAAUAGAUAAGAUAGGUACCACCAUUUCGGGAGUGAGAAAAUGCCAGCUGUGUUCUGCAUGGGGAGUUGGAACCAGCACUGGAUCUGUCUGGAUGCAAUCAGCAGAAGAGUGGUAGAGGAAAGCCCUAGGAGAUGAGCCAACUUCCUCUGACAAUGCUGCAGGUCAGCCAGCGUGAAGUAGUUUACCCUCUUGUGGUGCACUGGUGCAACGAACAGACUAGCGAUUGUCCUGCCAAGACUUCCACCAUGUGUAUAACAUUGUAGCCUCUCUGGCCUUGUAUGCCAUAUUCUGAAUAAAUGAAUGAAUGAUACUGCAACUUAGAGAUGUGGCUUUGGGGAUUGGGGGUGGUUGAGAGUGUGUUGUGCUGGUUCUCAAGCCCUUGGCUUCUCCUUUGUAGAGUACAGCAGGACUUGGUACUUUCUCAUCUGUGUCAUAUCUACAGGAAGAUGCUGUCUGACCAUUAACUGACAGUUUGGGGUAAUGCAUUAUCAGUAUGCAGAUGAUGCAUAGCUUUAUAUCUCCAUACUGGGUUGUCUAAUGCUUUGGAGGUCCUGUCUCAGUCUGGAUGCUGUGGAUGUCUAGCUAGGAACAACUGUUCCUAGCUAGAACAGUUUGAACAGGAACUGUUCAACUGUUCCCUAGUAGGAUUGAGCGACUGGGUUUUAGAGCUCCCAGAGGUUCUGAUGUCCUUCUCUCUAGCUCUGGGUGGGGUCUACUUGAGAGUCCUCCUGAUCUUGUGAUUCCUACUUGAAGAGCAGGUGGGAGCCAUAGCCAUCAAGGGCCUUUGCAUAGCUAGGGAUUGUGUGCCAAUUGUGUCUGUUCCUAGAAUGGGAGGUGGUGGUCUGGUCACCUCCCAAUUUUACAACAGCAAUGUGCUCUAUAUGGGGAUGCACUUGAAGAGUAUUUGGAGCUUCAACUGGCAUGGAAUGUAGAGCAUGAGUAAUUACAGGGACUUAUCAUUGGUACUGUAGAUGGGACACCUUUACUCUGCCAGCUGCAUGGGUUGCUCGUAUGCUUCAGGAUUCACUUUAAGGUACUAGAGACUAGAACUACAAAUCAAUUUGAAAAAUUACAACCACAAAAGACACAUUUUUUUUGGCACUGUCAGGUUUGCCAUCAUUUUGAUAAAACUCUAUAUUAUUCAUUUGUUAAUAACUAAAUUGUCAUCAGAUUUGCAGUAUUCUAAAUUGUUUGUUCAGACAUUCCCAUUAAAAAUGAAUAUAGAGAGUCAUUUCCUUACCCAGGGUUAUGAUACCCAUGUGACAGGUGUGGUGCAGUGCAAUGCAGAUUUCAGUGACUAUUUUAAGAAGCCAGAUUGCACAUGGUUAUUAAAUGUGCUACAUAAUUAAUAUAUUUGUAUUGUUGUUGUUGUUUAAUAUGUGUAGUCUGUUCUCUUGCUCUCUAUGUCUGAUCCAAUUUGGCUCCUAAAAACCUUAAUUCUCAGAUUUCUGUAUUAAUGGAUCAACAGCACUGUGAUGAGAACAGAACACUUGAUAUAGAAUAGAAUAGAAUAGAAUUUUUAUUGGCCAAGUGUGAUUGGACACACAAGGAAUUUGUCUUGGUGCAUAUGCUCUCAGUGUACAUAAAAGAAAAGAUACGUUCAUCAAGGUACAACAUUUACAACACAAUUGAUGAUCAAUAUAUCAAUAUAAAUCAUAAGGAUUGCCAGCAACAAGUUAUAGUCAUACAGUCAUAAGUGGAAAGAGAUUGGUGAUGGGAACUAUGAAACGAUUAAUAGUAGUGCAGAUUCAGUAAAUAGUUCAGUAAAUAUAUAGGCUUUGAAGAAACUUAGGAGAAAAAAAUAAGGUCACAGACUAGAUGCUAGUCCCACUUUAGGCACAAAGCCAGCAAUGGCAAAGGGCCGUGGUGGCUCAGGCUGUAAGAUAGCCUGUUUUUAAAACACAGCAGCCUGCAAUUACU